AUGGAGUUGCGGUUUGCUUUCAUGGUGCACAUUAGAAGGGACCGGUACAUGUUCGAUGCAAAGGAUAAGAAGAAAUACCAAGGAGGUUUUGAUUAUCGGUUGCCAAUGACUAGUAACUGGAGUUUCAGACAAUUUGGGGAGGUAAUUUGUAGCCAAUAUCCGUGGGGUUUGCUUGAUGAAGUGGUAUACAAAUACUAUGAUGGGGAAAAGAAUUGGGUGACAGUUACUAAUGAUGAAGAGCUAGCUACCAUGUUUGUUAGGCAUAAAGAGAAAGAUAAUUUUCAUGUGAGGCUGCAAGAUGAUGUGCUUGAGCAGGCAUUUGGACCUAGGAUGACGGGUGCAACAUCUCGGGGAGAACCAAGUCGUCGUAAUGGCAUCUCUAGCCAGAACAGUUCAGUUGGUGCACGGCGACGUGGUGGCUCGACAAGUGUGGGCAACAGCAGUAGGGUCCCCCUUGAAGUGGAGCCUGAUGACCACAAUUCUGGGGUUGAUGAAGAGAAGCUAUAUUCUGAUGUUAUUCGGAAUUUACGACGAGCACCUCGGACUGAAAACCAAGAUGAGGCUCACAAUGCAGUCCGUGUGGAUGAUGAUGCGGUGGGUGAGGACGAAGGUACAGUUUUUGCAUCCAUGAAUGAGUGUAGAAAUGCACUUGUGACAUACUGCAUCAAGGUAGAACGUACUUUCAAAGUUGACAAGAGCGAUCAAGUACGUUACAGAGUGCACUGUCCGACUGAGGGUUGUCCAUGGAGGCUGCUCGCAUCUAAAAUGCGGAAUAGCACUAAUGUUCAGGUCAAAGUGAACCCUUUUAAGCACACAUGCCAGGAAUCAACCCUUAGGAAGGAUACAAUCAGUAGAGCCAAGUCAAGAUGGGUGGCAAAAGAAGUAAAGAAGUGGGUGAAAGAAAACCAGCAAGUGGGUCCAAAGGAAUUGCAGAAGAACAUCAAAGAUAAGUUCAAGAUAAAUUUACCAUACAUGAGGUUGUUCAAUGGUAAACAACAUGCUAUGGAUUCUAUUUAUGGUAACUGGCAGGAAAGUUUUCAAUUGUUGUAUUCAUUCAAAGGUGAAGUGGAGAGGACAAGCCCAGGUAGUAUUGUAGAUAUUGAUCACCACAGCGUGGAGUACACAUUCAAGGGAGUAACAAAGACCAAGGAAUCAUUUAGGAGGGUUUUUGUCUGUUUCGAGGCUUGUCGUCGGGGUUUUUUGGCAGGCUGCAGGCCUUAUUUGGCUAUUGAUGCCACUUUUCUCACAGGGAGGUUUAAAGGACAGUUAGUAGCAGCUUCUGCAGUUGAUGCACACAGUUUUGUAUUUCCAGUUGCCUAUGGUGUGCUGGAGACAGAGUCUGAGGAGAGCUAG